AUGCAGGAAGAAGAGGAGGAUACUUCUAGUUCAGAUACUAACGCGUGCCUUACCAGUGAAGCACAAUCUUAUGAGGUAGAAUUUGUGAAAACUUACGAACGUUUACCAAUAUUAUGGGAUGUUAAUCAUCCGGAUUAUACAAAUAAAUACAGAAGAGCUGUAGCCAACGAUGCUUUAUUAGAGAUAAUGAAAAAAUGGGAUAAAUCAGCAACGCGACUGACAGUUCGUCAAAAAAUAAAUAUAUUGAGAUCGAGCUACAGAAAAGACUUGCGUAAACAUUUAAAAUCAAAAACUAUUGGACAGAAUGGUGAACAAAUUUACGAGUAUAAUCCAAGAAAUUGGAAAUUUUAUGCGUUGAGAUUUUUAGGUGGAAAAGUCGACGACGAAGAAAUUGAAAGCAAUAAAGACCAAAAUAGCAUAGUAGAAAUUAAGUUGAAUAGUUCAUAUUUUGAUGCUGUUACUAAUGAAGAGGCAGAAAAUGAUGCAAUAAAAUUGCAAACUAGUAACGUACAACAAACAUUUAAUGACGAUGAAGCUGGUGAAAAAACGCAAGCUAAUAACAAAAAAAAUAAGAAGAAGCGAAUGAAAUCAGCAGUAGAAGAUUACUACGUUGAUGACAAUGUUCUUGAAAAGGAGUUUGAAGCUAUUAGCUCCAAUGUAGUUUGUAAGCUGAGAAGGAUGAACCCAGAGCAAAGAUGUCAUGCGGAAUUGUUGAUCAACAAAGUACUUAUUGGAGGUUUAAAAAACAGUUUGACUGAUGAAACUGAUUUGACUGAAGUAUAUAAAUAA